AUGUCGGUCUUCAGCGCACCGCUUUCUCCGCUCUCCAUUCCGAGCCCUAGCCAUACGCUUGUAUCGAGUCUGCAACCCUCAUGGAAUGGCUCGCCACAGUUCGGAAACAAGUAUACUGCUGCGUAUCGCGGACAUGCCAAACGUGCCGGUGCACCUUGGGACGACUCUGACGCAGAUCUUGUUCUCCGCAGUGCCGAAGACGUCGAGUUUCGCGUACACCGAGUCAUCUUGGCUCGUUCACUAUCAGCAUUCGACCUAUCCUCACUCUUCACGCGUUCCGGCGAGCAAGAGCUCUCCGAGGACGGCAUCCCCAUCCUACGCCUGCCCGACACUGCGGACACUGUGGCGAUACUGCUCAGCGCGCUGUACCCCGGCCCUGCCCCAACCCUUACCGACCUAUCCGCAGUACGCUCAUUACUGGGCUCACUCGACCGCUACGGCGCUCGUUUCGUGCCCGCGAGCAUCUGCAGCGCCCUGGAGGCGCUGGCUACCGCAGAGCCUGAGCAGACAUAUGUCCUCGCCUGCGCAGCCCGUCUCGCCGAUAUUGCGCGCAUCGCCGCACGGGCAACACUGCGUGCGCCGCGACAACUCGCACCUGUGCCCCGCAGUAAUCUAGGGGCCAUGACAGCUCUUCAGUAUCAUGCUCUGGUCUUGUACCAAGACGACUGUCGCGCUGCUGCACGAGGUGUGGCGAAUAGUUUCGCAUGGAUCGCCGGAGACGACAUUCCGGGCGCUGUGGCUGCCGACCCAAACCGAUCUUCAUUGGAAUGUGGCUGCCCUGCGGCGCAUGAACAGACUGAAGGACGGAAGGGCGCUCAUGCUCCACCAUACUACCUCGUACCAGAGUGGGUGCGGAAGUACAUGGCCGCGGUCGCGGAAGCUCUCACGAAGGAUGUCCGAGGAGAGGUUGCGAGGAAGCCUGCCAUGAUUAUCCCCGCGUUGAAGGAGGCGUUUGCGUGUAACGAAUGUGGGAACACCGUGGAGACCACUUUCACUGCAUUCGCAGAGAAACUCCAACAUAAGAUCGAAGAGCGCAUUGCCGAGGUCCACCUCGAGGUCGACACAUAG